AAGUUUGCUUUGUUAUUUAUAGGUGCAGUGGCUUUGAGCUCCUGCCACCUACCUUCCCUGUAUGGUCACCACCACAUUUAGAUUCUGUUCCUCCUAAAUCUCCUCCCCAUUGGCCCUGCACUUCACCAAUCAGCCUUCUGCCUCACAGCAGGCCUGUUCAUAAUUGAGGAGCCUCUGUGAGGUGGUUGGCACUUGGCACAAGGAUUUGGAGAAGAUUAACAAGAUUGAUACAGAGCAUUUUUUAGAUCCACAACAACCGAAUAAGAUCAGAGAAAAAGGAAGAAGGCGAAAGGUUUGUGUGGUGCCACAUCUUGCCAUCCAAGAAAAUGGGGCUGUCAAUCUCAUACCCUCCGGAUGACUACCUGCCAGCAGUGGAGGACAACAUGGGCAGGCUGUUCAUCCGGUCCCUCAGCUUCGACGACAUGGAGGCCGCCGCCGAGUCGCCUUCGGCAUUGCUGCCCGCCUUCGGCUCCGGGAAGCUGAUCUUAGAAGGCUCACUGAGCUUCAAGCGGAGAGAGGUUGACAAUGUUCAGAUGGAGACCAAGCUGUCCAUCAGGAGCCCUAAACCUGACAGAGAAGGUUGCAACGUCAAGCCUGAUGGUUCUACUGGUGAUAUAUCAAGAUUGGGAUCAACCGGAGACCGUCCACCGGAUUCCCCGGUGGUCGGAAUGGACAGCCCGAGGCACCAGGCCGCCGCGGUCAGGCUGCAGAAGGUGUACAAGAGCUUCAGGACAAGGCGGCAGCUUGCAGAUUGUGCCGUUCUUGUGGAACAGCGAUGGUGGAAGUUGCUUGAUUUUGCUCUGCUCAAGCGGAAUUCGGUGUCCUUCUUCGACAUAGAGAAGCCUGAGACUGCCGUUUCAAAAUGGUCCCGGGCAAGAAUGAGGGCUGCCAAGGUUGGCAAAGGUCUAUCCAAGGAUGAAAAGGCACAGAAACUUGCUCUGCAGCAUUGGCUUGAGGCGAUUGACCCUCGACAUCGGUAUGGCCACAACCUGCACUUCUACUACCACCGUUGGCUCCACUGCCAGAGCAAGCAACCAUUCUUCUACUGGCUGGAUGUAGGUGAAGGGAAAGAUGUCAGCUUAGAUGAGCAUUGCCCUAGAUGGAAGCUGCACAAGCAAUGCAUCAAGUACCUCGGCCCUAAAGAAAGGGAAUCCUAUGAAGUGAUAGUUGAGGAUGCGAGGCUGAUGUACAAGCUGAGUCGUCAAAUCGUCGACACAACUGGAAGCACCAAGAGGACAAAGUGGAUCUUCGUGCUGAGCACAUGCAAGACGCUGUACAUCGGCCAGAAACAGAAGGGUGUAUUCCAGCACUCAAGCUUCCUAGCAGGGGGAGCCACAUCUGCAGCAGGGAGACUAGUUGUAGAGGAUGGAAUUCUCAAGGCUGUGUGGCCUCACAGCGGGCAUUAUCGGCCGACGGAGCAGAACUUUCAGGAGUUCAUGAACUUCCUCAAGGAGAGGAGUGUGGAUCUUACCAAUGUGGAGUUGAGCUCAUCUGAAGGUGACGAAGAUGGUGACUUCACCAUAAAGGGUGGUCACUCUCAGCUGGACUUGACCGAGCUCUGCCAACCAGACGAGCAAGAACAAGAGGCGCAGCGCCAUGGCGAAGACGAAACCGAGACUUGCAACGGUGCACCCACCGUGCCAUCAUCUGCCGAGACCGAGACGAGCACACCGACGACGACCAGGAAGACGACCCCCUCAGCCAACAGGCUGCAAGGGAAGCGGCCGCCCAGGCUGCUGAUCGAUUCCAGCAACAGAAUACCAGUACCACCCGCCGCGUACAGCAACGCCAGGCCACCGCCGGGCGGCGCAAAGGACGUCGACCCGGACUCCGCCUUGUUCGGCGAGUGCCUCGACUUCUGCAAGAGGAACCUGUUCGUGGAGGGCGGCUACGAGGAGGACAUCCUGGUGGAGGUGCCGGAGGAGCUGAUCCUGAGCCGCAUCAACUCCAAGAGGGCCAUGAGGUCGUACCAGCUGGGAAAGCAGCUGUCCUUCCAGUGGAGCACCGGGGCUGGGCCUCGGAUCGGGUGCGUCCGCGACUACCCGUCGGAGCUCCAGUUCCGGGCGCUGGAGGAGGUCAGCCUGUCGCCCCGGGGCAGCAGCAGGGCGACGAGGUUCUUGUCGCCGAGGCCAACAAGUGCGUCGUUGACACCAAAUAGCAUUCCUGCCACUCAUGGUGACAAGGUGAACAUGUCACUCAAGCCUAGGCAAAGGAGUGCUACUUGGGCUGCCUUUUGAUGUAGCUGCAGUAGAAGCCAAGCCAAGGUUUCCUUUCCUCCAUUUGUCUUCCUUCUUCCCAGGAGGAUGCAGACUGUGCAUACUGAGAAUACUGGGCAAGGUGUGAGAAUAUGCUUCAUAUUGUUCUGUAGAUGGGUACAAGGAACAACACAUCAACAUCGCUUGAAAGCUAGUCGUAGUACUAACAUUUGCCACGCAUUGAUAAAAUUACCAUGAUACUAAUGCGAUGAUUCAAUGACCGUGCUCCUGAGAUUUUCAAGUGCAUAUUUAGUU